GAGUACGAUUAAAAUUUUCAAUAGCCAAAACCCUAAUUGCUCGGUUCUCGUCGCUUUAAAUAGACCUCGACAAGGUUAGGGCCGGCUGAGGAUCGAUCGAGGAGGUUCUUCACGCAAGUCGGCGAUGGGUAUCGAUCUUAUUGCUGGCGGCCGGAGCAAGAAGGUAAGGCGUACCGCCCCCAAGUCCGACGAUGUCUACCUCAAGCUCCUCGUCAGGCUAUACAAGUUUCUGGUGCGGAGGACCGGGAGCAAAUUCAACGCGAUAAUACUGAAGAGGCUUUUCAUGAGCAAGACCAAUCGACCGCCGAUCUCCCUUAGGAGGCUUAUCAAAUUCAUGGACGGACAGGAUAACAAGAUAGCCGUGAUCGUUGGCACGGUGACGGAUGAUAAGAGAGUGUAUGAGGUGCCGGCUUUGAAGGUGACAGCUUUGAGGUUCACGGAGACUGCUAGGGCGAGGAUACUUAAAGCAGGAGGAGAGUGCCUGACAUUUGACCAACUCGCCCUCCGAUCUCCCCUUGGGCAGAACACAAUUGUCUUGAGAGGGCCAAAGAAUGCUAGAGAAGCUGUUAAGCACUUCGGCAAAGCGCCUGGCGUGCCACACAGCCACACAAAGCCUUAUGUUCGAGCCAAGGGGCGGAAGUUUGAGAAGGCCAGAGGAAGAAGAAAGAGCAGAGGUUUCAAGGUGUAACCUUCCCUGAUCAGCAAACAGACCAUUAUCAUUUAUCUUACAUCAUUCGGAAUGUUACAAUAUCGCUAUGCAAGGUGCUGUGGGAACUAUAAUUUCUAGUGUUUUCUUUGAAAUCCAUGAUGCUUUUGUUUGCUAGUUUUGAAUUAAGACAAGAGGGCAGACACUCGUCACUGAGGAAUUCUAGUUAAUAUUAAUUGAACUUUUGAAAGUUAAGAAA